GGUGCCUGGAGAGCGGCGCUCUUGCUCGGACCUGGCUUUCUACCUUGCGUUUAGGAACAUUUGUGGCUCCGCGGUGCCGGGUCUGUGUGGCGAAGGCAGGGCCCAGCUCGCGCGCCAGCUGAGAGGACCGGGCGGGCUGGCCUGUGUGGGGCCACGCGCAGCGGGCGACAGUGACUUCCGAGCCUGACUACACAGCGCAGGACCAUGGCCCAGGCGGCUCCGGAUUGGCACCUGGGGAGUAACCUCCAGCGAGAGGCCCAGAUUCAGUCUGCAGAGAUCUCCCUUCUGGCCAUCCUGGCUGCUGUUCAGGCUGUGGAGAAGAAGAUAGAAUCUCAGGCUGUCCAGCUUCAAGGCCUGGAAGUGAGAACAGGGAUAGCUGAGAAGAAGCUGGCUGACUAUGAGAAGACAACUGUGGAGUUCAGCAACCAACUAGAGGGCAAGUGGGCCAUCCUGGGGACCCUGCUGCAGGAGUACGGGCUGCUACAGCGGCGGCUGGAGAACCUGGAGAACCUGCUGCGCAAUGGGAGCUCUUGGAUCCUGCAGCUGCCCCCUGGCAGCAAGGGGGAGGUACCCAAGGUGCCCAUGACAAUUGAAGAGGUGGCCAUGUGUUUCUCAGAGCAGCAGAAUGGUAGCUUACAAGAGCGGAAGAAGGUGCUCUGCAAGCAAGUGGCAAAGGAAAGCUGCAAGACUCUGGGCUCUCCAGACACCAAACCAGAGCACGUGACCCCAGUGGAGAGGGGAGAUGAGGUGGGCAGCCACAGCCUGCCCAGUGCAGAGGGCAGCAAGAGCCCAGGCACUGACACAGAACAGCUGGGAUCUCCCCCAGGCAGUCUGCCCUGGAUCAAGCAAGAGGAAGAAGAAUGUGGGAGGAACCUGCAGGAGACCACUGCACACCCUGCACUCCCGUGCUCAGCACAGACCUGGCUAGCCAGCAAAGAGAAGAGCAGCCUGGAUGGGGAGUCUGAGGUCCUGAAGCCAGCCUGGGCAGCUGAAGGGGGACCUGGCAAGGAGGACGUGCAGGGGGGCACUUGUGGAGAUCUGCCUCAUGCCACAAGGGAAAAAGAGAUGACCUCCUGCCCUCCAGGUCCCCAGAGCCAGGCUGUCCCAGAGCAGUGCUGGCCCUGUGCUGAGCAUGCCCAGAACUUCAGCAGCAGCCCCAUAACAUGCAGUGCACAGCAGGCGCGCUCACACCACGACCCCCAGCCCUUCACCUGUGUGCCRUGUCCCAAGAGCCUGCCGCAGCAGGCUUCCUUCCCCAGCCACAGCAGUGCGCACACAGCMCAGCGUGCCUACACCUGUGCCCAGUGUGGCAAGAGCUUUGUUCAUCAGUCGACACUCACCACACACUACCGCACGCACACUGGGGAGAAGCCAUAUGAGUGCGCUGAGUGCGAGAAGCGCUUUGGCCGCCUGUCCACGCUGCUGGAACACCGUCGCACACACACCGGUGAGCGGCCGUUCCCGUGCACGCAGUGCGGUCGAUGUUUCGGCCGUCUGUCCACACUGGUGGAGCAUCGUCGCACACACACGGGUGAGAAGCCCUUCCCAUGUACACAGUGUGACAAGCGAUUCACACGCCUGGCCAACCUGACUGUGCACCAGAGCGUGCACUCCGGGGAGCACGCCUUCCAGUGCACCCAGUGUGGCAUGUGCUUUGCACACAAGCCCACCUUUCUGCAGCACCUGCGUGGCCACUCACAGGAGAAGCGCUUUACCUGUGGCCAGUGUGGCAAGAGCUUCAGCUGUCGCUCAUGGCUCAUGCGCCACCAGGGCAGCCAUGCCAGCCAUUCGUCCUCUGCUUGUACAGCUUGGGAGAGAGGCUCUCCAAACCAUGAGCCACCCACAGGCCUCCUUAGAGGUGCACCGUGGGGAAGGUCCCCCAGUGAUCCUUCUGUUCCACCCAGAUCCGAGGAUAUUGGAACUGAGUGGGACCACAGGGUGCAUCCUGGGGGCAGUCAGCUGAGUGGCAGUGAUCAAGAAGAUUUGCGGGGGUCCCUGCAUAGUUUUCUUUCUAGUGUGAAGAUGGAGAAUGCCGGGUAGCACCCAGAGAGCUCCCUAAGGUGACUACUGAGGACACAGAGAUCCUGAGUGCCCCUUGGAUCCAAGCUACCGCUCUUAAGGGGAGCAUGCUUGUUCUGUGGAGUGUAUGGUGCUGCCCGGUAGGACUUGCSGGGGGGCUGUUCUUCCAGGGACUGAGUAGACAAAGCCCAGAAGACUUCUUGCUGCAGGGAGGCUAUGUGGGGGACUGGAGGCAGGGCCCUCUGUAGGGAGGGACUGUUUGGGUGGGGAGGGAGCGGCUUCCUUGGACCUCUCCAGGAAGGGAGUGAAAUUGGAAGACCUACUUCCAAGSUAGUGCUCAGUGCUUUGUAGGGGAGUGUGGGCUUGCCCUCUCCUGGYGUAGCCCUAGGCUUCCCUGCACACUAACUGGGCAGAUUCUAACGUGUUUCCUCAGGUGGUGUCCAGGUCUGACCUAGCCUCCCUUUAUAAGCUGGGUCCAAGCGUCCGUCAGGUGCAGAACCAAGAGCCUUGGUGAGUUAUUGUAAAAUUCAUGGGGUUUUCUGUGGCUCCCAACUUCCUGCUCCCUACAACCUGGAAAGGCAACUUUAUGGGCCAGGAUGGCCCAGAAGGGCUGGGCUCUCUGGCUCAGAGUUCAUACGUGGCCAUUUUGGCCCCCAUGAGGUACUGUUUGGCUGGUGUAAGGUUUGCCUUUAAGCUGUUGCUGGAGCUGGCAGGCAAAGCUCCAACCUGUGCCUCACUGGGGAUGAAUACAUAAACCAAGGCCUUGUUCUUCGCUGGGACUAGGAGGGCUAUCUCCCAUCUGUGGCACUGGGGGUAGGGGGGCAUAAAUGCCAGCAUGUGGCAUGGGCAUAGUGAAUGUUGCAGAAGCACUGAAAGUUGGAAGGAAGGAAGGAGGAAAUUGUAUGUGGUCUGGCAGCAGCUGAAGAAUCCCUGGUUAGUCUCCAUCUCAACAAUUUAGGCCAGCAACAUGGGCUUUUCAGAUAGGACCUUAUGCAUAGCUGGCCAGUUUGGAGCCCUGUCAUUUUGAUAAGGUUCACCCCAACUAUGGGAGAUCUCAGCCCAAGCUGGAUUCCAAGAUCCCCUAGGAUUCUGAGCCUUAGCUGUCAGAUUAUCCCCUAAUCCCCAGUACUUGGAAUGUAGGCAUGUGUGUUCCUGAGGACUUACUUUGGGGUGCAUGGGAGCAGAGGUGGUUGAACUCUGAGAGGCUGCACUCAGGCGAGUGUGGCAGCUCCUGUACUGCUGUCUGGCUUCCAUGUCUCCAUCUAGUGUUGGGCUUUUGGAGAGUUCUAAAUUUACCACAAUUUUAAAACCUCUGUAAAGAAGUGUAUGAGGGAUUGUAAGCCCCUCCCCUCCUGACCCUGCUGGACAUCAUUCUUAUUUGUGAUGUUGUAACUCUUUGACUUUGGGUUCUGGUGAGCAGUGGUGAAUUACAGUUAUUUUCAACUGUGCUUCUAUUUUGAAGUUCUGAAGAAAAGUCCCAGAUGGACAACAGUCCAGGACAGGGUUCCAAAGGAAGGCAGAGUGGAAGUGGGCCUGGAGGGCGGGGCCUCAGCAUUUAGCCCUGGGUCUGUGCAUGGAAAGCCUUGUGUCUGUGG